AUGAUUCGUAGCGUCUAGACGUAAUUAAUAUUUCCUUCGUAGCGUCUAGAUGUAAUUAAUCUUUAUCAAGUUACAAACUCAAAUUAUUAAACUUAAAGCACUUGAUACGCCCUUUUUAUCAAACCGGUAAUCAUCAAAAACCCACUAUAUAAACUCUUAAAUUAUCCUCUAUUUCACAUUUUUUACCCUGUUUAAGUUCUUGGGGAGAUUAUUAAAGUUUUGUUUGAAAUACAUUAUUUGUCUGCUUUUGUUUCGUGCUAAAAUUGUAAAUUUAUCGUGCUGUUUAAAUAAAUCGGUUUAUUAACCCAAGUUUGAGUUUCAGGUUGAUAAGACAAAAAUUGUGACAAACGAACACAAUAUUUGGGGCUCAGCCAAACCCAGCCGUGCCGUGCCAAACCCAGCCGGGCCGUGCCAAACCUGCCAAACCAAGCCGUGCCAAGCCAAGCCGUACCAAACCGUGCCAAAACCAAGCCGUGCCAAGACGAACCGUGCCAAACCAAGCCGUGAUAAGCCAAACCGUGCCAAACCAAGCCGUGCCACGCCGAACCGUGCCAAACCAAGCCGUGCCGCACCAGAUACAAACCAAACCAACCAAAUUAAGCUGAACAACACUCAACGUCACACAUAA